AUGGCGUCCGGGGGAAACGGCGGGAAGGGGUUCGGACGAGCCGAGGGGAUGGAACCAUGGAGGGAUGAAGGCGUUGAGAGUGCGGGCACCGGCAGCGAGAGCGGCUCGUGUGCCACCUCGCUGUCUGCGAGUUCCGAUGAACUAGAGCCUGAAUGGUUGGAUGGUGUGCAGAGAAACGGGGAGUUAUUUUAUUUAGAACUGAGUGAAAGUGAAGAAGAAGCUCUGCUUCAGAAGAGCUGUCCAGAAAUGCCAGCAGUGAAUCACGUCAGGUUUCGUGAAAAUGAAGCUGAAGUUAUUCAAGAGGGAUCACGAAAAGAAAGAAAGUAUGAACUGAAGAAAUUGACCAAAAUGUUAAAAAAGAAGAAUCUUUUACCAAAGUAUUCUGGUAAGAAAGGCAGUGGAAACUGUAAUGUGCACUCUACUGGUCCUACUUCCAUAUUGAAACACCAAUCCACGCAGAAAACGGGUGUCACUGUUCAGCAGAAGUACAAAGAUGUGUAUGCUUAUGUAAAUCCCAGAAAACUGUACAGUGCUGGAGAAGAUGAGCAGCAUAGACUGCUGGAAGCCUUAGUAGGGAUCGUCCAUCAGUCUUCAUGGAGCAGCAGAAGAAUGGAAAAACACAGCAGGAAGGAUAAGGUCACCAGAGGAAUCAGUGAAGAGAAGCUUAUAGUACAUAGUCUGGUGCCAGGUAGUUCUGCAAUGAAAACAGGCCAAAUCUUGAUUGGAGAUGCUCUAGUUGCUGUAAAUGAUGUUGAUGUGAAUUCUGAAAACAUAGAAAGGGUUUUGUCUUGUAUUCCAGGUCCGAUGCAGGUUAAACUUACAUUUGAAACAUCAAUAUUUGAGGCUAAAGGAACUUCUCAGCAAAAGCAUAAACAGGCACAGUCAAGUAUGAACAAUCUGGUUCGGCUCCUGUGGGGAGAAGAUAGUGCAGACCUUCAGCAGGCUGUACAAGAAGUGCCUCACAUUGUUAUGUUUCUCACAAUGAAACUGGACUCUGAAACAUCGAAGGAUGAGCAAGAAAUUCUUUAUCAGUACCCUAUAUCAGAAGCAUCCCAGAAACUGAAAAGUGUGAGAGGGAUAUUUCUUACACUAUCUGACAUACUGGAAAGUGUUACUGGUACCCAGAUUAUCAGUUCUUCCCUUUUCUUAUGCGAAAAACUGGUUCAAGUUGUUUACUGGAAAGAAUCUGACAAGUUGCUUGUAAUUGGCCUUCCUGAAGAAAAUGUGCCACUUUCUCAGCUGAGGAAUAUGCUUGAAGAUGUUGUCAACACCUUGAAAUUUAUGUACAGUUCUUUAGAAGAUGCUUUUUGCCAGGCGGAAAAUGUUUCUUGCCUGGAUCACUUUUUCAACCUGCUCUUCCAGCGUGUGCUUCAGCCUGCAAGACUCAGGUCAAAUGCCAACCCUAGCACCCAGCACUAUGAUACCUGCAGUGCCUUGUUCUUGGACAAUCUCCCAGGCUUGCGCUGGCUGACACUGCCUCAGGAAACCAAGAUGGAAAUUGACACAGCGCUGAGUGAUCUGGAAGCAGCUGACUUUGCAGAGCUGUCUGAAGAUUAUUAUGACAUGAGAAGAUUAUAUAUGAUUAUGGGCUCUUGUCUCUUCUACAAGGGUUACUUGAUUGGUAAUCACUUGCCAAAGGAAGAUCUUAUUGAUAUAGGUUUAUAUUGUCGGCACUAUUGUCUGUUACCCCUGGCAGCAGAACAGAAGAUUGGUCAGUUAGUGAUAUGGCGGGAAGUAUUUCCACAUCAUCAUAUCCAACCAUAUGAAGUUUCAAGUUUUACAGGAUACAGGGAACCUGAAGCAAGAUACUUUUUAUUGAUAGUUGGCUUGAGACACUUUAUGCUGUGUGUACUGCUUGAGGCAGGAGGCUGUGCAUCAAAAGUUGUCGGGAAUCCAGGACCAGACUGUAUCUAUGUAGAUCAGGCCAAAGCCACUAUACUUCAACUGGAAGGAAUAGAUGUCAGCAUAGAGGAAAGGCUAGAUUCUCCUUCCAUUCCACCUUUAUCUUGUGCUGACUGGUUCCUUCCUGCCACACACGACAAACUGGAGAGCUUGACCACCUCAACCAUCCUAAGUAAGCUACAAAAUACUUCCAAAUCAGUAACCACUCCUUCAAGCAAAAGGACCCUGUUUGGUGACUCUUCUGUAACAACACGUAAGCCGAGCCCUACGAGAACCAGUGGAGGACCUGACCACAGUAAUGAAGGUCCUGUGGAAGAUGAAAACAGUAAUCCACGGUCUGUAGUGGAUCAGGCCACUAGAAAAAAACAUACCCUACCAAAUCCAUUUCAUUUAGGAAACCUCAGCAAGACAGUUUCAGAGAAAGAUACAGAACUUCUUAAUGCUAUCAAGUUGACAUCUGGUCCUGAGAAUACCCUCUUCCACUAUCUAUCAUUGGAAACGAUGCAAGGAAUCUUUAUUACUCCAACUCACAAAGAAGUAGCACGGCUUGGUGGCUCCAUCCACCCUCAGUUAAUUGAGAAUUUCUAUCGUUGCUGUCUGUCAAUUCGUUCUGUUUUUCAGCAGUCCAUGAGGAAAGAAAACAAGAGAAAAACAGGCAUUGGGAUUUCAGAAUUUAGUCAGGUCGAUGAGACUCUAGGUCCAAUAACAGAACAUGGAGUGUUGUUUGAGUGUUCUCCUGAUAACUGGACCGAUCAGAAGAAACCACCACCAACACUGAAUUACUGGGUUGUGGGGAGACUCAUUGAACAUCCAAAACCUCAGGAGUGUUAUGUCUGUUUUCAUGACUCGGUCACAGAAGCUGCUGUUGAACUGGCCUUUAAACUGUCCUUCGGCUUAGCUACAUAGCUGAGCUUCCUGAACACUGAGCCAGCCUGCGGGGUGUGAUUAUAUCUUUAAAGUACUUCAAUAUAAAGAGGAAUUAAUUCAGUUAAGGUGCCCACCCAUGGGCUGUCUUUGAAAUGCAUUUUGAAAAGAAUAAAUCUACCUUGUAGUAUGACACAGGUAAAUCUUCAGUGAUGAUUCUAAUUUUCUUAUCAAUUGGAUCCUUCAGAAGAUUUCAGAGAAUCAAAGCUCUUUUUUAAAUUACUUAUCCUGAUCCUUAUUAUAUGAAAACAUCACAUCAUUUAUACAUUCACCACUGUUCAGUGUGUAGUAUGCAAUGUAAAGUGAUAAGCUGAUAUCCUCAAAGUACUCUCUGAAUAUCUGGAAACUGGUGAUGACAGGAAAAAAAAAAAAUUCCAGUUAAUUACAGUUUUCACCUCUAAGGGCAUGAAACAUAAUGAAUAUUUUCAAUAAUAUUGUGUUAAUCAAAACAGAAAGAAAUCUUUUAGCCAGUUCAUGGCUCUUAGCCACAUAAAACUAAUAGCUUAUCAUUUUUGCUUAUCAUUUUGUAGUUUUGUUGAUGUUUACUUGACUUCAUGAGUUUUAACUAUAAAUAGUACUUACAUUCGUUAAAAUGAAAUUUUGAAGGCACAAAAGAAGAUGGGGAGGGCAAGGGAGUGAUGGUUUUAACACAUAUGCAUGAACUCCAGCUUAUUUUGUAUUC